AUGCUAAACUCUUUACCUGAAGAUAAUAAGAUUUGCAAUAAUCUCCUUUCUGCUUUAAAACAACCCGCGGAAGUCGACCUUCUCUUAGAAACCGAACUGAAUAAUGAAUUUAUAGAAGGUCCCUAUCAAUCACCGCCAUUUGAAAAGUACAGAAUUUCUCCACUUGGAAUUGCGGAACGUAAAUGUUCAGGUAAAAAACGACUAAUUGUAGAUUUGUCAGCACCACAUGACUCGCAAUGCCCUAGUAUAAACAGUCUGAUCGACAAAGAAAUGUGCAGCUUAAGCUACGUCAAGAUUGAUGACGCAAUAAAGUCAAUAAAAGGCUACGGCAGAUGUGCGAUAUUAUGUAAAACGGAUAUAUGCAACGCAUUUAAGCUCUUACCAAUUAAGCCAGAGCAGAUGCCGUAUUUCAUGGUUAAGUGGAAAGGUCAAUAUUAUGUUUACACCCGUUUAGUGUUCGGAAGCCGUUCAUCCCCAAAAAUAUUUGACAAUUUGUCGAGAGCGAUAUGUUGGAUUGCUAAAAAUAAUUACGGCAUAGAGUCGAUUUUUCACUUGCUAGAUGAUUUUCUGACCGUCCAGGCGCCAACCUCUAAUAGAGAUCGAACCAUGGCACUGAUUACUCUCAUAUUUAAUAAACUUAAAAUACCGAUUUCUCCUUCAAAGACAGUAGGUCCAACUACACAGCUCGAGUAUAUAGGAGUUAUUUUGGACUCUGAGAAAUUACAAGCAAGACUUCCUGACGAUAAAGUUCAGAGAAUUAUUUAUCACGACAUCUUUGCAGAAAAAAGCAGUCACUAA